GCUCGGAUUCCUUCGCACGUUUUGCUCGCUGCAACGUGCUCGGGAGAGACGAGUUCGACCCGAUAGAUUAGCUCGAAGGCGGAAGUGAGACGACUAGAGGGGCGUUUUUCCGACGUUCGAUUCGAUCGGGCGCGCGUUUUGCGGUGAGCGCGGGUUACUUUUUUUUUCUUGAGAGCUUUUCAUCGCUCCCAGGGUCUACUGGCGGUAUUCCGCGUCGACCGGUCGCAGUGUGUGCGAAGAAGAGGUACCAGAGACACUCGUGUUACCGUCGCGGGCGCGGAUCAAAAGUUUUUGAUUUUUACGAAAAUAUUUUGCGCCGAAAUCGAAAUCUGUCCGGUACGAAGAAAGUCGCGUUUGAGGAACUGUCGUCGGGAGUUCGUAUUGGAACGCAUAUUACGUGUGAACGUAGUCCAAAUCGGUAAUUUUGAAAAAAUCCGGAAUUAGUUCGAAAUUUCCCGUAAGGAAAGUCCGGAAUCUCAGGCCCGCGUUCUUCUUUGGAGCGAUCCGUGUGAAGGCUUGAACAUCGCGUUGAUUUCCUCGACGGGAGAUUAUUCGCGGGGAGAGAGAGCGCGCGCGCGAGCGGGAGAUUCGCGAGUGAGUGAGAGAGCCCGGAAAAGAAACAAAGCCCGAUGUUGGCCAGAGCGAGACGGCGCUAGGUGUGCGGCAGAAAGAAGAGAGCUUCGGGGCUUUAAUGUAUAUAAAAUAUAAAAUAAACACACAAGGAAUAUCAUUUUCCCUCUUGUAUUGCUUGUUAUAUGCGAAACUUUUGUAUUGUGUCAUAAACGAACUACUUGUCAUAACGUAAACAACUUCGGACUUCUACGAUCGAAUUUUUAUUAUUAUAAUAUUAAUAACAGUAAAAAUAAAGGAAACCAAGAGAAGAAAAUUCAAAAUAAUAGCGAUAAACAUAAAGCAGUAAUAAAAAUCAACAUUAGUUACAAAGAUAAAAAAAGAAUAAAAUUAUUUGAUAGAGAAUUGGAAGAGGUUCACCGUAAAAAAAAGAGUCAACAAACAGUAAAAAUCUUAACCGCUUUUGCGGUGUGUCGUUGAGUGAGUGACAAUCGACGGCCGUCGUGAAGUCAAUCGUGAAGAAGUCUUCGUACUUUGCAACAAAAACGUGAUAAGUGCUGCUGAAGCUGACCCGUGCUGGCACACGGUGAUAAGUGAUCAUCGUCAUCAUCAUCAUCAACCAACAACCGCCUGUUUUGAGUGCUACCGAGCCAUUAAAGAUCUACUAAAGUGGCGAGUGAAAAUAAACAAUCGCUGGGCACACAUCGUCGGAUCCGUCGAUUAAAGUCCGAUUGGGUGAUUUGCGUGAUUGUGAUUGCUGCAAAUAAAGUGUGAUAAGAAAUCGUUCAAAAUACUCAGAAUGGGUCUGUUGAAGUGGUAGAACGGAAGCUUUUCUUUGUUCUACGUGAGCCUGCUCAAAGUUCGAGAGUUCGAGCGAGCAGCAAGGUUUGAGACAUUGUGGCAUUGAACAUUGAAUGUCACAGACCCCAAACUCUGAAGGUAGCCCAUUAACGACGGGUAGUGAAGGUAGUCCCAACUCACCACCGACCAGUAAAAUGUAUCCGUUCGUCUCGAACCACCCCACGACACACACCAGCUACUCGACGAUGCCGGGCUUCUCCGGUCUCGACGACAAAUCGUGCAGUAGGUACACGGACAGCGUCAUGAACAGCUACCCACCGAUGGGAGUCCCCGGAAGUGCCAGCAUUGCCCAGUUCUACCAGCAGGCGGCCGCCGUUUCGGCAGCAUCCGCCGGCGUCGGCGUUGACUCGCUCGGAUCCGCCUGCUCACAGCUGUCGUCCUCCGUCGGCGGAGGCCAGUCCGGCCUGCCCGACAUCACCCGUCAUCCCUGGCUAGUGACCGCAUCCCAAUCCGCGCUACAGAAAUUUGCCAGCACAGAUUGGAUGAGCAACCCCUUCGAUCGUGUGGUGUGCGGUGAUUUCUCUGGACCGAACGGAUGUCCCCGCCGACGAGGCCGACAGACUUACACCCGCUUCCAGACGCUCGAGCUGGAGAAGGAGUUCCACUUUAACCACUACCUGACCCGCCGACGACGAAUCGAAAUCGCCCAUGCCCUGUGUCUGACGGAGCGGCAGAUCAAGAUCUGGUUCCAGAACCGCCGGAUGAAGCUCAAGAAGGAGCUGCGGGCGGUGAAGGAGAUCAACGAGCAGGCACGGCGCGAACGCGAAGAGCAGGACAAGAUGAAGAACGACUCGUUGAAAUCCGCCCAGCAGCACCACCAGAGCCAGAAGCAGCAGCAGCAGGAGCACACCGUCGUGGGCUCCCAGCAGACCAGUGGCGGCGGCGGUGGGGGCAGCACCAGCCUCGGCAGCCACCUGCACCACCCGUCGAUAGUGGCCCAGAACGAUCUGAAGCUCGGGCUCGGCAGCAUGGGCGUCGGCGUCGGCGGAAAUCUCAGCAUGAUGGGAGGUCUGGAUAAUAAAACGAAUCAGGAUAUACUGAAAGCAGUGAUGCAACAUAACAAAAGCGCAAACCUGAGUACUAGAGACAUCGUUGGUUCAAUUUAACCAAGAACGUAAAUAAGCAGCACAAACAAACCCAACACACACACACCGACAUACGUAAUGAAACACAAACAAACAGAAAAAAAAGAACAGAUUCAGAGACAUAGAUGUACGUAAAAUCAAACGCACUCACGGCGAGCAACCCCCGAGAGCAAGAUGAUUAACGACAAAAGCAGCAGCAGAACGUGACUGAAGUGAGGAGCAGCGGCAGUAACAUCCAGAAAUGGCGCAAAGACAUCUCGACUCUCGAGGAGCGACGGCGUGGGGGCGUGGAUCCAAUUCGGUUAAGAUACAACGGUCUAGAUUUUUAAGUGAUGAUGAUAUGAUGAUCAGUGGAAAGUGUAAGAGUAAUAACAAAUAUACGUACUAGUGCUAAGAGAAACCUUUUUUUUCUAUGGAACCUACCAUAAAAACAUGAUUUGUAAUCAUAUUUGAAGAAGAAAAAGAAAAACUUUACAUUAACAGUAAAAAAGCAAAACCCGUGAGCAAAUGAUAUAACGUAAUUAACGUAACAAGAAAAGAAGGGAUAACUUAAACUCCUCCGUUUAACAAAAAACAAAAACGCAAGAAAAAAAUCUGCGCCGCCCUUCGUUCAAGGUGCGACCGCAACAAAAAGAAACAACUGUGUUAGGUAAAAUUUAGUUAUGUAAAAUGAUCGUACUCAUUACAACUGUAGUAGCGUUUCGUUCUGUAAGGAUUCGACGGAAGAAAAAAGAAGGUCAAAAGUGUGCAGCUUUUUGCCGACUCUGAAGAGAUCAAAUACGUAAUUAAAAGUAUAAAUAAAUCAUCAAAUUAAUAACAAACAAAAGCAACAAAGCAGAAAUAAUCGCAAAUCUGUCCAGUGGUUAGAGUUAAUACUAGGGCGUAGUAGAAGUACUAUACAAAACACACACACAACACAAGAGUAAGCCCGGGGGCGUUCGUCGUUUGACGGACACCCCUCGAAGAAGCGUUUUUAUUUCUUUUGUUGAUUUUCACUUCUGUAAAUUUGUUACUAUUUUAUAUUAACGGAACUAAAAGCGUAAGUUUAGUUAGCAAGAUGAUCAAAUCUUUAAAUAAAAUUUCUAAUUUGUAGUAAAAAUCUUUCGUUUUUCAUUAUUUAAGCUUUUUACCGAUUUGAGGAAUGCGGUUAUGAAUUGAAUCCUUUGUCUUCCACUUCAAAUUGAAACCCCAAUAAAUUUGUACUUCAAAAAACUUUAUUUCACAUAUCAAUCGACCUCCUUUCGGUUCAUCACCCUCCCCCCUUUCGUUGCUCGGUUGUCCUUUCCCCGAUUGCAGUUCCUCAAAUCAAUUUUGUUCGUUUAUUUGUGUUAUCAUUACUCUCUCUGUACGUACCCCCGCCAGCGUUUCUCCCGAGAGAAACGCGUGGCAUGUUCGAGGAAUCAUAAGCUAUACCAUUACCUCCAUGCAAAAAAAAGAAGAAGUAAAACAAGCAACCGAAACAGUUUUCUUUGCCACAAACAAAACUUUGUUUCGUCACAUUUUUUCCCAAGGAACACACACCACCACAUGUAAAUAUCGCUUGAACCCCAUUAUGUCACUGAAAUGAAAAGGAAAUACGUAAUAAUAGUCAGGGUAGAAUAGAUCACAGCAAAGAAAAGAAAAAAACACAAUAUUUAAAAUAAAACAAAAAAAAAGUUCAUUCCAUCGUCUAAAAAAAGUUUGUUUGAUACUCGAAAAUCUUGCCAUAGUAAUGAAUCAAAAAAGAAUUGGUGUUCUGAUCUCAACCCGCAGAAAAGAAUUAUCCAAAACUACACUUCUUUACUCCUCUCUUGGAUGCAAAAUGUGAAAGAGUUGUUUAAGAAAAACCUAAAACCAUAAAAUACGUAAUUAUCGGUGAAUAAUAAAGAUGCAUUUUAAAAAAGCUAGUAAUUCAUAUAAAAGUUGUAAAUUAUAACAAAAAAUAUUAAUGAUAUUAAUUUAAAUAGUCCUGAUGCUAGAGAUUAUGCCGUACAUGUUGUUGUGGAAAAACCUUUUAUCGAAACUGCAAGUGGAGUGCAUACAACUAAACCAGCCAUAGCCGAUCUGAAAACCCAGAACCUACAUAUUUAAUGUGUGUAAAACAUAUGGAAAUGACGUAAUUAACAA